AUGCCAGAAUUUAAACCCUGCAUCACAUGCUUGUUCUUGAUCGUGUCCUCGCUAUUAUUAUUAUCCCCAAAUGUGGCUUCUUCCUCCGAUGAGAAUAACUCAGCGGAUGAAGUCUUUAUCCAGUGUGGGACCGACGAAUACGCAGACUUGGGCCCCACCAAGUUCACCCGUACGUUCAUGGCUCUUAUGGACACGGUUUCAGUUAAGAUCAAAGAGCAAGGCUGGAGCGCUGAAUCGAUUAUCAACCCAGUUGCCCCGAUUUUCGCACUAGCGGAAUGCCGCAACGACCUCAACAAUAGCAAUUGCUACAAAUGCUUCAACCACGCCAGGGAAUAUUUGUCGCAGUGCUUGCCAAAGGUAGCGGGGAGAGUUUACAUGGACGGUUGCUUCCUUCGCUAUGAUAACUAUGGUUUCUUCAACGAGAUGGAGUAUAAUAGCACCGAUAGUAAUAAUAGCAAUGCAACGGACCCCGCUGGGUUCAGGGAAAAGGUUGGGAAGGCUGUAACGAACGUGACGGAGACGGCAGCCACGUCUGUUCAUAAAUUCGCAGUGAAUGGGGAUAACAAGGACGUGUUUGCGCUGGCGCAGUGUUGGCACACAUUGGACAGAGAAGGGUGUGAGAGGUGCUUGAAAAGAGCAGAGAGGAAAUUGAGUGAGUGCAUUAUUGUUAAUGAUGAAGGUAAGAGCAUGCUUGCCGGUUGUUUCUUGAAGUAUUCCACUCGCAAAUUCUACGGUGAAGAAUUCGAUGAGAACGGAGUCAAGAACAACUACGACAAUUCUUAUAACAAGGUGAUCAUUGUGUCUCUAUCAUCAGCGGUUGCUGUGACUUUGAUUAUUAUCACAGGUGUGAUGGUUAAGAAAAAGAAAGCACCAAUUUGUACAGUAGGAAUGGACCGUAGCAAGAGGUUUGAGUACGUGGCUGGAUACACUUUUAAAUAUGAGUUGCUUGAAAAGGCGACCAAUUAUUUUGAUCCUGCAUGCAAACUAGGGCAGGGUGGAGCUGGUUCUGUGUUCAAAGGAACGCUACCUCAAGGAAAGACUGUGGCCGUGAAACGACUGUUUUUCACGACGCGACAGUGGACGGAUGGGUUCUUCAAUGAGGUUAAUUCAAUAACAGGGAUUACCCACAAGAAUGUGGUGAAACUUUUAGGGUGCAGUAUUGAAGGCCCGGAAAGCCUCUUGGUUUAUGAAUUUGUGCCAAAUGGGAGUCUUGAGCAAAUACUUUUUGGUAGAGACUCAACAACUUUUUUGACCUGGAAGCAACGUUUUAAUAUCAUAUGUGGUGUAGCUGAGGCCCUAGCAUACCUUCAUGGAGGUACUGAAUCAAAGAUUAUUCACAGAGACAUUAAGUCCGGGAACAUUCUGCUUGAUGAGAAUCUUGAUCCGAAAAUUGCUGAUUUUGGUCUUGCUCGCUUUGUUACGGAAAAUAGAAGUCAUGUUACCACAGGAAUUGCUGGAACAUUGGGAUAUAUGGCUCCUGAAUAUCUUCUUCAAGGACAACUAACAGAAAAAGCAGAUGUCUAUGCCUUUGGUGUGGUUGUUGCUGAAGUUGUAUGUGGCAAGAAAAACAGUGUUUAUACCCAAGGCUCAACUUCAGUACUCCAUUGUAUUUGGAAGAAUUACAAGGCACAGAACAUCACGGCAUCAGUUGAUCCUGCACUGAAUGGUCAAUUUGUAGAAGAAGAGGCAUCAAAUGCCCUCAAAGCUGCCCUUCUUUGCACACAGUCCUCUGUUUCUCUUAGACCAUCCAUGUCUCAAGUGCUUCAGAUCCUAACCGAUAAAGACUUUGUUGUUCCCUCCCCAAGGCAACGGCCAUUCCUAAAUUGCACUAUGCUGAGCCUAGAUGACCGAACACAAGCUACCUCCACCUUCACCCUCACUCCUGAAACUUCACCAAAUGGCCCCACCACCACUAGUGCAAGAUCCUCUUUCCAUACCACCACAGAUUCAUUUAGUUCAAAUACACAUGCAAUUAAUAUUGCAGUACCUUCUGAUCCAAGGGAGAAUAAUAAUAACGAUAAUAAUAAUAAUAAAUAA